GUUACGAGGAUGAUGGUAAACUCCACUUUAUCCUAUUUUAUUCUCAGCGGUUAUUUAGACGUAGGAACUCUGAGGUACUUGUACUUCUGGAUAACUGUGAUGCUGUACGCGGUGACCGUGGCAGCGAACGUGUGUGUGAUCGUGGUCAUCUGCGUGAACAGAAGCUUACAUGAACCUAUGUACCUUUUCCUGGUCAGCCUGUGUGUGAAUGAGCUGUAUGGUAGUUCAGGGUUGUUUCCCUUCCUGCUGCUUCAGAUCCUCUCUGACCUUCACACCGUUUCUGCUGCAGCUUGUUUCCUGCAGAUCUUCUGUCUCUACACGUACGCGCACGUUGAGUUUUUGACCUUGGCCGUCAUGUCUUACGACCGAUAUCUGGCCAUCUGUUGUCCUCUGCGGUAUAACGCGCGCAUGACGUUCAACAAGGCGCUCCUCCUCGUCGCCGUCAUCUGGUUGUACUCUUUUGUUAAAUUUUUAAUCACGUUAUCGUUGAGCGUCCGCCUGACGCUGUGUGGAAACGUCAUUAACAGUUUGUAUUGUCAUAAUUUCUUAGUGGUGAAGUUGGCGUGUUCUGACACCAAAGUCAACAACAUUUAUGGACUUUUCGGGAUCGUUCUCACCAUCGCAGUCCCUCUGCUCCCCAUCCUUUUCUCCUACAUUAAAAUCCUCAGAGUCUGUUUUUCGGGCUCCAGACGGACGAGGCAGAAAGCCGUGAGCACCUGCACACCUCACCUCGCCUCGCUGCUCAACUUCUCUUUUGGCUGCUGCUUUGAAAUAUUACAGAGCAGGGCUGAUAUGAGCGGCGUUCCCAACAUGCUGCGCGUCUUCCUGUCGCUGUACUGGCUCAUCUGCCAGCCGCUCUUUAACCCUUUGAUGUAUGGACUCCAGCUGUUCAAAAUCUGCAGCUUAUGCAAACAACAUCUUCUUUUUGGUAAAAUGUAA